CCUGGGCAGUAAUGUCGCACGUCACGCGGGUGUCCGCCGUGGAAAAAUUACGCCUCCACAAACGAGGGUCGGGCCGCACUUAAGAGACGUUAUGCCCCUUUCCGUCCGGCCGGCCCUGAAGAGAGAUGCGGGCCAGUUGACUUGCGCCGGGGCGGCGAAGGGGGAGAGGCGGAAGUGAAGUCACUUGACAGAUCCGUCCAUGUUAUUAUUGUUAUUUUGGUAGCCGUGUGUGAUGAGACGGACUGGAGAGCCUCUGGGCUCCGACGCAGCGCUUUCCCCGAGUCACCGCCGGACCAGCGCCGUCCCUGCUGCCGCCGACCCGGAGACGACGGCCGGGGGGAGAGCUGCCGGCUCACGCACGGCUCCUUCUCCUCCGACCGACAUCGGCGACGAAAACAACACGGCGCCCGUCCCGCGGCUCUCUCCCUAGACUGUGUCUGUGCGGUACAAAGGCGACAUGAACGGCAUCGCCAAGGGCAGGUUCGAGGUAUUCUCGAACAGCGAUGAAGCCCCCAUUAACAAGAAGCUUCCCAAAGAACUUCUCCUUAGAAUAUUCUCUUAUCUAGAUGUGGUGACACUCUGUAGGUGCGCCCAGGUAUCCAAGGCGUGGAAUGUCCUGGCCCUGGACGGCAGUAACUGGCAAAAGAUCGACUUGUUUAACUUUCAGACAGACAUCGAGGGACGGGUGGUGGAGAACAUUUCCAAGCGCUGUGGUGGUUUCCUGAGGCAGCUGAGUCUGAGGGGCUGUCUGAGUGUCGGAGACGCAUCGAUGAAAACGUUUGCUCAGAACUGCAGGAACAUCGAGGUGUUAAACCUGAAUGGCUGCACCAAGAUCACAGACAGCACCUGCCUCAGCCUCAGCAAGUUCUGCUCCAAACUCAAACACCUGGACCUCACCUCCUGCGUGUUGGUCAGCAAUUACUCCCUCAAGGCCCUCAGCGAUGGCUGCCGGAUGCUGGAGAUGUUGAACCUGUCGUGGUGCGACCAGAUCACUCGUGAUGGCAUCGAGGCUCUGGCUAGAGGAUGCAUUGGUUUGCGAGCACUGUUCCUCAGAGGUUGUACACAGCUGGAUGAUGGCGCUCUGAAACACCUCCAGAAACACUGCCCAGAACUCACCACCAUCAACAUGCAGUCUUGUACGCAGAUAACGGAUGACGGUCUGGUCAGCCUCUGUCGUGGCUGCCACAAGUUGCAGAUCCUGUGUGUGUCUGGCUGCAGUAAUAUCACCGACGCCUCCCUCACCGCACUGGGACUCAAUUGUCCCCGACUCAAAAUCCUAGAGGCUGCACGAUGCUCCCAUGUGACAGAUGCAGGGUUCACUGUGCUGGCCAGGAAUUGUCAUGAGCUUGAAAAAAUGGACUUGGAAGAAUGUAUUUUGGUAACUGACAACACCCUGGUUCAGCUUUCUAUUCACUGCCCCCAUUUGCAAGCGCUUUCCCUGUCCCACUGCGAGUUGAUCACAGACGACGGCAUCAGAGCCCUUAGCAGCAGUGCCUGUGGCCAAGAGCGCCUCACAGUGGUGGAGCUGGAUAACUGCCCCCUCAUCACAGACGUGACUCUGGAACACCUGAAGAGCUGCCAUCGCCUGGAACGCAUUGAGCUCUACGACUGCCAGCAGGUCACCAGGGCCGGCAUCAAACGCAUCCGGGCUCACCUCCCAGAGAUCAAGGUCCAUGCCUAUUUUGCGCCAGUGACGCCCCCUCCCUCAGUGCACGGAGGGGGCCAGCGCCUGUGCCGCUGCUGCAUCAUCCUCUGACAGUGGAGGGCCAGAGGGGGCCACCUCUGCCUACAGGUCCUGCUGCUCUGAACAGGGGAGUGGGAGUGGGCGUGGGGGGGGGGCUGGACCCAAUCACCGCUCCUCAUCGCUGAUCAAUACAUAGACUGAUGGCUGAUCAGUUUGAACCCUUCCCCUCUACUCCCUCCUCUUGCUCAUCCAUAUGAACUGCAGCAGCUUCCCACUCAUGGUGGUGGGUGGGGUCGAGGAUGGAUGGAUGGAUGGAUUCUUUGUCUCGUUCUCAACUAAAAGCAACUCUACCAGCCCAUCCAGCUCUAUAGUAGACCCUUCACCUCUGGGCUUAAGAGUCUGUAUCUGGAUAGUUGGAGAAAAGGUGGAAGAGGCAAAGACCUUCCUUUCAAUACAGUUGAGAGGACAAGCAGAGUAGCGGGGAAGGCACUGCAGUGGAACUACAAUGCAUCAUGUUCAAAGUAAAAGAAAUUUAAAAAAAGGGACGAUAUUGUCAUCAUGGACAACAAUUUCUCUCUGUGGAGUAUCAUCUCAAACAAUCACACGACACCUCUGUGACCAUCCUGUGAGUCAUUCUGCUUCGACCAAUAUACAUGUAGAACUGGGGAAGAGGACGGCAGGGAUCUGUAAAAUGCCAAUCUUCUGGAUGUAAACAGUGAACCUGCUGGGACAUCCCUCUUUGGCAUGCUCCUUUCAAUCUUCAGAUGUGAAGAACAGAAAGAAAGAGGAGGAACAGAAUGAGAAGUGACAUUUUAGAGCACCUGAGAAUCUUGAGUUUGAGAUUUUGAUUCCGUUUGUACAAAGAAUGUUUUGCAAGGGCAAAAAAAAGAGGCAUAACUAUGGCAUCUUUCUCAAAGAUUGGAGUAGGCCUACAACAAAUUGUUGCUUUUAUUUUCUUUUUUUCAGUGCUUACUGUAUUUGUCCAUGCUUGUUUAUCCAGAGAGGGAGAUACGUGUGUCUUUCCUUUUUGAAAAAAAAAUGCAAAAACAAAAAACUGUUUGCCGUUUGACAGAAAUGGACUGCAUCAGUCAGAAACUCAGCAUCUGAUGACAUCAAGUUGGCUUUGCGUGCUACGUUACUGGGAUGAGUGUACUGGGGACCUCAACCUGUGAGGCUAUAUUGGCUCAUGAAUGCUGUUUCAAACCUAUCAGUAGCCCUGCGCACCAGGCUCUACUUGACUACUGAAGCAUUUGUUUAUCUGAUGGAUUAGGGUAACGACACAAAAGUUUAGCAGGGCCGACAAACCUAGGCAAUGGUCUCCUGCUAACCAUCUCCCAUUUGGUCUAGAUACUAUUGACUUGAAUCUGUGUAUGUCCAAUUGAUUGCAAUGUGCCUAUUCAGUUAGCAUCUAUUAAUGCUAAUGUUUUGUGCGACUCUAUUGUUAAAUGAAAUGGAAUUUGCUGAGUUCUGAACUAGCACUUACAAAAAACAUACAUGAUCCUCAUAUUUUUGAAGAACUAUUGUUAUACCCUGUGGAGAUAAUAAAACUGACCAUUAGAAAGCUAUUGCAAUCACACGAAACCCUUCUGAGUGUCAGUUUAGUACAGUUUUCUUCGAGAAAAAGGGGUACAUGACCCAUUAUGAAUUAAUCUUAUGCAGAAAACCUUGUUGAGCUGGUAUACCAAACAGUUGAAAAGAUAUAUUAACAAUUAUUUACAAAUCCUAUUUUACUUGUAACACGUGAGCCUUGUGAUAAAAAUUCCAUCUACCAGUAACAAACUGCCACACUCCUCAUGUCUAACCAAUCCCACCGACAUAACAUAAAAAAUGGCUGAGAGGAAGGCACCAGAGCUAAUAGUUUAAAUUAUUUUACACAGUCAGUCUUUCAAAUGGCAAGGAUAUCAGGAUAUAAAAGAAGUGUUGUGGGUAACAUAUUUCACAAGGCACAAAGGCGAGUGUAGCUUUUAAGGCAUCCAGUACUACUGAUAACAAAACUGAAAUACAUGGCUUAAACAAACCAUGCACAUUUGCAACCAUGCUAUGACAAUAAUAAGAGAAGACAUGCACCUGCUGGGUAGUAGCCGGUACCGGUCGUAGGAUUUGCACUGGGUGGUUGCGCAGGACUACCGUUAGGAUAACGAUGGAGAGAAAAUGUGUUUGACUCAAGUGCUGACACACGAAGCUGACUGGACUCGCUGUGAUACUAAUUCCCUCCCUCUGACAGCUGUUAUAACAGGUUUUACGUUGAAGAAAAUGAUUAAAUAAAUUAAAAAAAAUCAAACAAGUGGAUAAAUAAAGGCAAAGAAUAGUAAAUGUG